AUGUCGUUGAAAUCGUCCCAUGCCACUUUGGCGACACUUGUGCUGUGGGCAUGUUUAAGUCUCAGCCUGGCUUCGGAACGCCUACUUCCAGAAACCACCACAACCGUGUUGCUGCCUAUGAAAUAUUUUAAAUCUAGGGCGGACACGUAUCAGCCAAUAUCGGGCAUAUCGAAAGAAUCGAAAGAUACGAAGAACGAGGUUGUUCGUGCAACGGGAAACAACAGGUCACCUGGCUCGGCCGCAGUCAAUUUUCAUCGAUUGCCACCGUCUCCGGCGAAUUUACUGAAACCCGACGGAUUUCAAUUUUACACGUACAACGAGAGAGGCGAUAUGAUCACGAGGCAAAUGACUAUGCAAGAGAUUCAAGCUUUAAUCGCGAGUGGAGGUCCGGAUCAUUCUAACAUGGAUAUUCAAGAGCCCCAAAAAGCCGAGGAUAUACUUACGGGAGGAAAGAAGGUAAUGGACGUCGUGGAAAAAGUGCAAAGCGUACUGAAAAGCGCUAUGAAUAAACCGUUAUCGACGCUCUCUGGCUCGCACCCGAUGAUCCCAGAAAACGUGAACGUCGAGUGGAGCAAUAUUUUACCAGCUAUUUUGGCCGGUGACAAAUACGGAAAUAAGGUCGAAGAAAGCCACUACGUUGAAAAGCCAACAUCGAAACCGUCAUCAUCUGCCAUCUAUGUCGUACAUAAACAGAAUAAUUCGGUUUCCGAUUCGCUGAAGCCUGACGUAAGUGAAACGGUUGCACAGGCGAAACCCGAAAAUACUAACAAAUAUACAAACGAACGAAACGAGCAAAUCAAGAAGAACGAAACGCUGCCGACAAUUGCUACGAAACCUACGACUAUCUCUUAUACGGAGAAAUUAAUGAUCCCGGUAUCUGUCAUCACGACUGAGCAAAAUGUCGAAUUGAUGGCUCACAAUCGUUAUACCACUCAGAGUUCCAUUUUGCAUAAGGUGACUGGGGCGAUACCGUUGUCAGAAAGUACUACUACUUACGGAUUUAACGUUCGGGACAAAGAAAACCUGGCAUCCACAAGUGCUAUUACAAAACCAACAACCACCGGCGUUUCUGUUUCAUCGAACAUAGGCGAGUCCAUCAAAAACAGUUACGAUAACAUCGGUCUAACGGCGAGUGAAACGUUACAGGCAAAAUAUAAUACAUCGCACAUUGAUGAAACUGUUACCGACCAGACUGUUUCGUUGGUAACACAAACGAAGACGAAGCCAACGACCGAUAUUUCGAACCAGGAAUACGAUAAAGUUCCAUUGAAAACGCAGACACUGUCCAUGAUGGAAGCGAAUCAAGUUCAAAACACUAACAAACCGUUUAGCAAAUUACCAUCACAGUCUUCUCUACCGUUUACCAAACCGCCGUUACAAUUUUCUGUAUCCUUUACGAAAUUGCCACCGCAGUCUUCUGUAUCGACCACGAGUACUCCUGCAAGUACAAAUAAAUACAGAACAACAACUUUGGUACCAUCGACGACGAUACACGACACAGUAACCAAAGCAACUGAUCCCUUAAGCGAGCCGAUCGAGCCUCCAAAAUCUUCUCCAUCUAUGGAGCUGGUAAAUUCUUUAUCAAACGUGAUCAGUCAAAUCUCCAAUGACGUUUCUCCCGUGUUAUCUUCCUCUUUCGGGUUCCAGUCGAUUCCCACUGAAAGCGAGGGAAAACGUAAUGACAGUUCCGAAAUUACAACGCAUCCUUCCACGACCAACGAUGACCGACUAGAAAAUGCGAAUAACACGUCCGAAGAACGUAUACAGGAAUCGUCUAGCGAAAUGACGAUGAAGUUCGAUCCUGAUCAAGAGAAGAUUUCCUCCAUUACUAUAUCCGCGCCGAUUGUUUCGAUGAGUACGACAGAGCUUGAUAAAACGGCAAACGUUUCGGAUAUUUCGACGAAAUCUGAUAGUAUAACGAGUGUUCAGACAAAUGUGACAGAGCCAACGACGAAUAUUAACGAGACGCCGGUUACUAGUUCCAACGUUUUACAAGCGAUAGCGCUUAUCGAGAGUAUGCUUCAUACCGCCUCACCUGCUACGAAUAGACCCAUUAUCGAGUCAAUCACCUUACCGAACGAUUUAUCGGACGAUUUGUUACCUAACACUGUAGCAAGCUCGCUCAUCGCUGAUUCUUAUUUAUCCAAUUCGAAGACAAAUAAAACACAAGCUGUAUUCAAGGAGACAACAGUGUCAUCUCCUGAGAAGCUCAACUCAACAGAGACUGUUACGUCAAAUUUGGAGUUGUCUACCUCGGUUAACGAGGAUGGCACGAAUGAUACAACGAAAAAAGAUUCGACAAACGAGAAUGAAAUUUAUCGAACGUCGACAACAAAGGACGACCUGUUUACCGACCAGCAGAAAAUUGAAUCUUCGCUAUUAAAAAACGAACUGUCCACCGCUUCGGAAACUACGACAGUAGCGUCGUCUACCCUUGAUGUUGCUGUAAAAACUACCGUCGCCGAUGGAAUAUCAACUUCCUUCGCGAAUAACGCGCUUAACGAACAGACAUCAACUUACGAGACGACAAUAUCGAGUAACGAGGCUUCGACAAGUACAAACACAGGAACCACAAUUGCGAAUGCUGAAAAUAUUACUGAGGGAGCAUCGCAAAACAAUGAUAAAACUUCUAUAACAUACCUAGACUACACGACAGAAACGUCGUCAGAACACGACAAACAAACAUUUACGUAUCAGACCGUGAUAGAUGAAUUGUCGACGAACUUGAGCGAAUCUAGCACGGUCAUCGCGAAUUUAUCUAACGCAGAGGAGCAUCCAGUGGAGAGUUCGACAGAUAAAAUCGUACUGCAAAGUCCUUUAAAGAAGACUGAAGAGCAGGCAAAGAAUGAUACGGUUCACGCGAUCGUGAACCAACAGAAGAUCAACAUUUUGGGAAACGCAACCAUGAACCAACACGAAACUGACAUCUUGAACAACGCAACUAUGAAUGAACAUAAAAUUAAUAUUUUGAACGACACAGCCGCGAACCAACACAAAAUUAACAUUUUGAACAACACAGCGGUAAACCAACAUAAAACGAACAUUUUGAGCAACACAACCGCGAAUCAGCAUAAAACGAACAUUUUGAGCAACACAACCGCGAAUCAGCAUAAAACGAACAUUUUGAACAACACAACCGUGAAUCAGCAUAAAACGAACAUUUUGAACAACGCAACCAUGAGUCAACAUAAAACGAAUAUUUUGAGCAACACAACCACGAAUCAGCAUAAAACGAACAUUUUGAAUAACACAGAUGUGAACGAACAUAAAAUUAAUAUUUUGACUAAUACAUCCGAGGAUCAACAUAAGAUCAAUAUUUUGAAUAAUACAACCACAACGCCUCUCAGCGAUACGAAAUCUUCCGUUGUCUCGUCUACUCCUGAAUCGAUAACCACUGCUCUAAAUUCCAUCACGGAGGAAUCAAACGAGAUCAAAGGUAGUACGAUGAAUUCGGUAGAUUGGAACAGAUCGGAGAACAAAACAAAAAUUCCCGUUGAAAUAUAUUCGUAUAAGAGUAAUGUCAGUAUGAAUAAUUCGAUAGGAACGCAGUUGCUGGGAGCCGCAAGUAAAUUACACAGUAACGAGUCGCACAUAAAUCAGAAGAUGAAUGAUUCUCCAAGUUCGUUGUUACAGAGCAAAAUGAACAACACGAGCAUAAAUCAGCACACGUGGCAGCGGAUAUCGUUGCACCAAGUAAUUCCAUCGUCGACAGAAUUCACCACGGGAUCUACCACGUCAACGAAGCACUUAGAGGCAUCGACAUCGACAAUGUCGACGAUGGUAGACGCGAGUUCGACAAAAUAUCCCUCAAAUUAUCAAUCGACUCCCGCGAACAAAGCGGAAUCGACUGUUUCCCUAAAUGCCUCGAAAAGCAUCGGUGGAUUGGAUACUAGCACGAGCAACGCGAGUGCCGAUAUUAUCAAUUUUUCGAGGCUUUGUAACGAACUAGCAAUUAAGUUUUGGGUCGCGGCGAACAGCAAAUUGAGUACUGGAAGAUCGCUCGUUCUUUCACCGUUUGGCAUGACUAGUCUGUUGGCGAUGAUCUUCCUCGGUGCUCGAGGAUCGACGUCAGACCAGAUGAACGAAAUACUUGGACUCGACAAUGUGGCCACUUUCAACCCGCAUCUUAUUUUCCAGAACGUAACGGACACGGUGAGCUUGGCGAGGCACCAAGGUAUCGCGAACGCGGCGUUUGUCCGCGAAUUAUUUGCGGAUAAAGCUAAGGUGAGAAGACUGUUGCCGUUUUAUAAGGAGCAAGCUCAACAAUUUUACGAAGGAUUGGUGACCGAAGUAAAUUUCGCUACUAUCAGUGAUCUCGUGCGUCGCCGAACCAAUCUAUUGAUUAGGAAACAGACUGGCGGUAGAAUAAAGGAUUUCGUGAAGAGCAACACGGUUCCUCUAAGAUCACCGCUGGCUACAAUUUCAGCAAAUGUGUUUCAGACGGAUUGCAACACAAGUUCCGCGAGUACAACAGGCCGAGACGGGGAAUUAUACUUUGCCGUCUCAGCUGCUCAUAGACUGAGGAAAUUGAUCCCCGUUCCGGCUACCGUUUGGCGAUCGAACGUUCUUGCCGGUUAUGAGCCCAGUUUGGAUGCGACUGUUAGUGCCAUUGGAAGUGUGGAUAAGCUCGUUUCGACCAUAUUUCUCGUACCAGGUCAACAAGGUCACGCUGCACCCGGUGAUACUUUGGAUCGACUAGAACAGAGGUUUAUCAAGGAAGCUUUUCAAGAUGGAGCUUGGGAUAAGCUACUGAAGGUUCUUAUACCUAGACCGAGCCUUGAAUUACAAGUACCCAAAUUUAGUCAUCGGUCCAUUGUGAACGCUACUGCUGCUUUGAAGAGGAUGGGACUCGAUCAGCUGUUUUCGUCUAACGCUGACUUCAAAGGGAUCAAUGGAAUUGGAAAUCGUCUCUUCUUGUCCGACGUUUUACAGAUGAAUCUAUUCAGUACGUGCGGCGAUGAAAACAUCGCUAAUGGACGACAUCACAUGGAAAUUUAUCCAGCAAGUCCUACUUUACGAAAUUCUCGACACAUCGGCGAACAAACAUCCCGUAGAAGAAGACGGACAGUCAAUAUGGAGCCGGCAAACUAUCGUACAGUUUCGUUCAAGGAAAGAAUGAGGACUAUAGAAAGAUCAGAAGAGAAGCCGAGAUUGAAAUUGGACCAGCCGUUCCUUUAUUUCGUACGGCACAAUCCAACGGGUCUCAUACUUCAUAUAGGCCGUUUCAAUCCUAGGUUAAUAUAAAAUUAGGACCUAAUAUUAGGUUCGUUUCUAUGUAAUACUUGUGUAGUUAACCUCGCGUAUUCUUAUAUACAUAUUCUUUCUUAUAUACAUAUGUAUAAUCGCAUUAGAUAUUUCACGCGAGUGUUGCCACAUUUAUUAUCUUUAACCGUUUGGUAGUGUAGUCUGAGAGAGAUUCAGGCAUGCCGUCGAAUAACGCAAUUAUUAAUAUUUAUUUCGUCCAAUGAAAAUCCGAACGUAUGUAUCUUUUUGUAUUUGAUAGAGUAAGGUAGGUCUAUUUGAUAUUUCAAUCAAGUGCGAAAUUCGGAUAUGAACAAUUUUUAAGCGAGUGUGUCACUUUAGUGUGUCAUUUUAGCUAAUCGUUAUUAGCUUAGUUUUAGUGUUUUUUAUUUACAAUACGUUCAAUCGACUGAUUUAGGGAGACAAGAAUUCCAAUAUAAGUGACGAAUGUUAUAGCGUAAUGUUGCUUAUACUAUUUACUACAUACAGGAUGAUUUUGAUGUCGCGGCACGCCCGGAAAAGUAAGUUAAAUAUAUAGAAUUGAUGUUUUUCAUACGGGGGUUCGUUUUCGAGAAAACAAAAUUCGAAAGUUUAAGUAUACCCGCACUUCGGAAUCGUCCUGUAUAAUUAAUAUAAUAUCGUCGACGACGAUUUAAAUAAUAAUCUAUGAAGCAGAAUCACAAUUGCUCGUGUGUUACCAUCAGAAAACUUAGGAGUUUCAUAUCCAAAUCGCAAUUCCAAACUGAUCAUAUCCAAAAUGCAAUUUAACCAAGUUUGAGCAAAAUUGUUUCCUUUGUUGGCAAAAUUCUUGUAAAAUCUUUAUCGUCACGAUAUGCAUAUGUUUGCCAAGUCAUAUUCGUUAAAUUAAUUUAAAAUUAAUUCAGAAAAUGCUCUCGCGACGCAUUAUUAAUAUCAUUGUUCUCAUUGUGUAUAUAAUGUAUUCAAUUUUUACUGCAUUGGAUAUCUAACCCUCUUACCUAACCCUCUGCGCUCUUUAGGUUAUUUUCGGUUAUUUAUGAAUCUUAUUUUUCUAUCGUUACAAAAAUUCUUAUGUAUGUAGGAAAUAAGAGACAAUCGCCGUUAAUGUAUGUAAUUUCAAUGGUAUUCUAAUUAUUUUCUUAAAACAUUAAAAGCUCUUUUCCGAUUGAAACGAAAGUGACAUCAAGAUAUGAGGAACUCGAAGAUUGCAGCAGGGUUAACUUACGCGUCUAUAUUGAUAACGACAAUAACAAUUAUGUUUUAAAUAAAAAUUUAUUUUAUUCACUUGAAUUUCGUGCGCUAGGACAAAAUUAAAUACGAUGGAAAUUAUUUUUAAAAAUAAAACCAUUCAGUUAAAAA